GUCCCGUAUCUACGGCAGGCCGCUAGUGACUAAGAUCAUCGUGGGCGAACGCGCAACGUUUUUUAUAGAAUCGGGAAAGCUUCACAUCAAUGAACAUUUUACGAUUUACUAAAUAUGGAAAAUGAAAAGAUUCAAGAAAGCCAGCCUGUAGCAGAAAAUGUGUCCAUUGUGGAAGAGAUAGAUAAAAAUAACAUAACUGGAGAUGGUGAUUUGAAUCCUAAUCUUAGAGAUUCUGGAUCUGCAAACAAUAAAAGGCCAUAUUCACAGCCAUGUUCCCCAGUGAGCAAUGUCAAAGAUGACUCUGAAAAUCUAAGUCUGCCAAAAAGAGCAAAGUUAGAAACAGAAUUGGCCAUAAGCGAAAAGGAACUCAAUAAACUGGAUUCCCUCAAUAGUCAACAUUGCUUAGAUGCCAAUCAAGUGAAAACUACUGGGAUAGCACAAAGUGAUCUCUGUCAUAAUGAAACACAGUCUAUAGGUGGCUCCACAACACUAACCAAUGAAGAAGGACUUGAUAGUUCCACAACGAUGAAUGGUAGUGAAAAACUCGGAGAUUAUUGUGUUGAGAAUAGUACAGAUAAGCCUUCUGAAGUUGCUGAUGCAAACACUCCACCUAGUUCUGCAGUUCCUUUGGAAACACACUUUCAAUGUUCAUAUGAAAAAUUCUUACAAUCUCAUGCUAUUAGUGACCCUAAAAGUAAAGAAUCUAUUCAAGAAAAUAAAUUGUUCCAGAAAAAGUGUGUUAAAAAAAGGAAGAUUAAUGUAUGUAAACGUGGAAUCAAAAAGUCAAACCCUGCACUUAAGACAUUAGAAACACAAACUAAAUUGAGUCAAGAUAAUGAACUUCCACCAAACAAGAAUAACACAAGCAGCUUACAAACAGAAGUAACACCCUCACAUAGUGAACAGAAUCUAGUGCAUUGUGCAUCCUCAUUAGAUAGUUCUCAACAUGAUCCAGAAGGCUCAUCUUGCGUAGGGGAGUCAGAAAGAAAAGGCAAUGCAAGAAAUCUGUCAAACACCAUUAGUAAGAUAAUAGCCAAACGAAAGAAUGAUCGAAAAAAACACAAGAGAAGAUGCUUGUUUAGAAGGAAGCAUAGUUUUGGACAGUUAAAAAAACACAUACAAGUACUUAGUAAUAAAAGUAAACAUGAAGAGUCAGUUGUGCGUCUAAAAGGAAACGUAAAUCCUCCUAUUAAAACAUUCCUUGAAAAAACAGCGGUGGGAUCAUACUUGACAAUUGAAAGCGUUCCUCAUCUGGAUGUUAUAUAUGAUGUUGAAUGUGAAGGAACUUUACAUCCUGCUUCAUUCAAAUUAAUACAUACUACACAGGUUGCAGAACAAUAUGCUUGCGUAUACUGCAAGGCCGUGGCUGGUACCAAAGAAGACUUAACCCUUCAUUUCUGGAAAAGACAUGCUACUCAAAUGCAGUUUUACUGUCAACCAUGUGGGUUCUCAUGUGUCACCAGAGAGGAGUUAGAAAAGCACUGCCAGAAUGACAAUCACAAGAAAGGUGGUGUUUUGUUAGAUUGUUACCUCUGUGGUCUAGACACUGUCAAUGAGUCAAUCUUUGAAACUCACAUGAAAGCCAAGCACAAGAUGUGUUUUUAUUGCAGUAUUUGCAAGGUUUACUUUAAAUCAAAUGAUGACAAGUUACACCAUGAAACAACAGAGGCGCACAUUUUGGCACAGGAGAAAACAUGUGAUCCUUCUGCCAAGAACAUGGAGGUGAAAAUGGAUCUUGCUAAAGAAUGUCUGCGAGAAGGUGAGAGUAGUUCAGCUAUUCAGACAGUUGAAGUACCAGUAGAGAAUUGCAUAGAAAAAGAAGUAAGAAAACCUCAGUUUCAAUGCAAAAAGUGCUUCUAUAAAACCAGAUCAUCUACAGUGUUGACAAGGCAUAUCAAACUUCGACAUACUCAUGAUUAUCACUUUUUAUGUAAGGCUUGCAACAUAUACACAAUGUAUAAAGAAGGAAUGGAAAGACACAUUAAAAGGAGCAAACAUAUUGAAAACGCAAAGAAAAACAACAUUGGUUUACUUUUUGGUGAGUGCAUUGAAUGGGUUUCAUUUGCCGGGCCUACUGUUAUGCACAAAGAUAGGCCUCAAAAUGAAGAUUGUGAAGAAGCACAGUCACCUACUGGAUUAAUUACACCUUCCACUGAAGCAUUGUUUUGUUCUAAACAUGCCCCUAGUCAAACCAAUCCAAUGCAUGUAAACACACCUAAAAGAGGACGACCAAAGGGAAAUAUUUCAAUUUCUUGUCCUCAUUGUGGACUUACAGCAUCCAGUGUUACAAACCUUAAGGUGCAUAUUAGGAGGAAGCAUACACAUCAGUACAACUAUAAAUGCAAGGUGUGUAAUUAUGACACUGUAACUAAAGGAGACAUGGAACGACACUGUAUAACCAAAAAGCACAAGAAUCGUGUAGAGGAACAGAAACUCAACCAACAGAAAACUGAAAUCGUGGUAACCACAGAUGGGACAAAGUUUGAAGCUUCUGUUAAGAAAAAAGGAAACCAUUUAGCUGCUAAUAAUGAAAGUGUUUAUGAUGGUACAACUUCAAAACUUUUGCCCAGUUCCCCAAAGGCACAGCCAGUCCCUACUGAUAAUUCAGUUAGUAUCCAAGCAAAAACUUCUACACAUGAAGAUCCAGAGAAAGUUGGAGAUGUGCAAAAUCUAUGUACUAAUAGUGGAAUUAGAAAAUGCAUUCAUUGUGAAUUUGUUGGGGACUCUGUUUCUUUAGAGAUGCACAUGAAAAAGAACCAUGCAAAGGCAUUUGAGUAUUACUGUAAAGCGUGUAAUUUCUAUGCUCCAACACACAAGGAUAUGAGCACACAUGCAUCCUCUGAGACCCAUAAAGUCAAUCGUCAGUCACCAUCUACUUUGCCUUCUUCACUUGUGGAAAAAGAGGAGAGUGAUGUACAAGAAUUGCCAGACAAUGUUUCUGGUGAAAAUAUUGUAGAAUUUGAUCAGAACCUACAAUCAAGUAAUGAGAGUACAGAUCAAUGCCUGGUUUUACAAGUAAAGACCAAUACUAGCAUUGAUACUUCUCAAGCUGAAGGUGAUUUUGAACCCCAAAAAGAUUGUGAAAGCACAAAAGAAAACACUGAAUUUCUAGAAAAAGGUGAAAUGUGGGAACAAACCAAUCCAAUUGCGUGUAGUGAACGGGGCAGCCCGGUCCCUGAAGUUACUGCUCAAAUAUGUUUGAACCAUGAAAACUCUGAAGAGAAAGGUACAUUUACCAGUGAUGAAGCUUUGAAGGUUUCAGAUAGUGAAGUAGUGACUCAAGUUUUAUCAGAACCUACUACCAUUGUUAGCACAAGUAAUGUUCACAACGAACACACAUUUGAUUCUUCAAUUGUAAAGCUAAAAAUUGUUUGCAACGAAUCUUCAGAUAUAACCUCUACACCUAGGAUUAGUAAUAAAGUACAAGACCCACAAGUGGCAAAAAAGAAGAAAGCCAAUGGAAAUGCUCAAGGAGAUGCAAACCGAAUACGAUGCAAUGAUUGUGGCUUCCUAGCUGAUGGCCUUAGUGGGCUAAAUGUUCAUAUUUCCAUGAAGCAUCCAGUGAAAGAAAAACAUUUCCACUGUUUGCUGUGUGGUAAAUCCUUUUUUACAGAAAGUAAUCUACAUCAACAUUUGGCCAGCAUUGGUCACAAUAAAAAUGAGUUGGCCAGUUUUGAAGAAUGGCCAGAAGGUGGUGGAACAUUUAAAUGUGUGAAAUGCACAGAACCAUUUGAUUCUGAACAGAGUUUAUUCAUACACAUUAAAGAACAGCAUGAAGAAUUGCUCAGAGAGGUUAACAAAUACAUCGAGGAGGACACGGAGCAGAUUAAUAAGGAAAGAGAAGAAAAUCAGGGGAAUGUGUGCAAGUACUGUGGCAAGAUAUGUAAAAGCAGUAAUUCCAUGGCAUUCCUUGCCCAUAUCCGAACUCAUACAGGCUCAAAGCCUUUUAAAUGCAAAAUAUGCAACUUCGCAGCAGCUCAACUUGGAGAUGCCAGAAACCACGUGAAGAGACACCUUGGGAUGAGAGAAUACAAGUGUCAUAUUUGUGGGGUGGCUUUUGUUAUGAGAAAGCAUCUGAACACCCAUUUACUGGGCAAGCAUGGAGUUGGAACACCAAAGGAAAGGAAAUUUGCCUGUAACGUCUGCGAUAGAAGUUUUAGAGAGAGAUGGGCCCUGAACAACCACAUGAAGCUGCACACGGGAGAAAAGCCGUUUAAAUGUACCUGGCCCACAUGCCAUUAUUCUUUCCUCACGGCCUCUGCCAUGAAAGAUCAUUACAGGACUCACACAGGCGAGAAGUCGUUCUUGUGUGACCUUUGUGGCUUCGCUGGUGGGACGCGUCAUGCCCUUACUAAGCAUCGGAGGCAGCACACAGGUGAGAAGCCAUUCAAGUGUGAUGAAUGCAAUUUUGCUUCCACAACUCAGUCCCAUUUAACAAGGCACAAGCGAGUCCACACAGGGGAGAAGCCGUACAUGUGUCCAUGGUGUGAUUACAGGUCUAACUGUGCUGAAAAUGUCCGCAAGCACAUUUUGCACACUGGCAAGCAUGAAGGAGUUAAAAUGUACAACUGUCCAAAGUGCGAUUAUGGAACCAAUGCCCCAAUGGAGUUUCGAAACCAUCUCAAGGAACAGCAUUUAGACAUUGAAAACCCAGAUUUGGCAUAUCUUCAUGCAGGCAUCGUCUCAAAAUCUUUUGAGUGUCGACUGAAGGGACAAGGUGCAAACUUUGUAGAAACCAAUAGCCCAUUCACUGCCAUUACACCUGCUGAUCCUCCAGUGAAAGAAAAUGUCCGAACCACUAGGAAAGUCUCCCAACCAACUGAACAAGUUCAGCAAGUCAUUAUCAUUCAAGGAUUUUCCAAUGAAUAUGAGGGUAAUUUUUCUAUUGACACUUCUGUAGAGGAAACUGCAGCAGCCACCCUGCAGACCCUGGCCAUGGCUGGUCAGAUGGCAAGAGUCGUGCACAUCACAGAAGAUGGUCAAGUUAUAGCAACUGAUCAAGCUGCUCACAUGGGCAACAUCAUUUCUGGUGAAAUCCUUAGUGAGCAGUUGCCUGAAGGAGCAACACAAGUUGUUGUGGUUGAAGGACCAAUGGACGAAACAGAUGUUGCCGAGUCAGUUGCCAUAGAGACUGUAACUGACUCUGAUGGCAACGUGGUACAGCAAGUGAUGGCGCAGAGUAUUUUAGACACAGCACAGGGUGUACACACGUCUGAUUCCUCUUCUGCUCUAGAUGCUUUGCUGUGUGCUGUAACAGAGCUAGGUAAUGUUGGAGACGUAGAGCGACAACCCAGUGUAGAACAUCAAGAGUCAAUUGAAGAGUCAUUCGUGAGGAUGGCAAAUCAGGGCUCUGUGGAGUCUAAUACAGAGGAAAUCCAGGUCUACCAUGAAAUGCAUGAAGAUGAGCAAGGAGUUGAACAAAUAGGGGUUGUCCAACAAGUCGUGCACUCUUCCCAGGAAUCUGCUUUCAAAAACAUGGUCCAUGGGGUCUUACAGUUUGCAGUAUGUGAUUCUGCUGCCGCUAAUCAUCUGAUUCAAGAAGGAGUCACACAAGUCAUUGUAAAUGAUGAAGGUACAGUACACAUGGUUUCCAGAGAAGGGCCUCAUAUAAUAAUGCACAACACAGAAAGCCAUACUCUUAGGCUGCCUGAACAACAGAUGAGAUUAGUUGAGUGUGAGGACGGAGAAAUCUCACAGAUCAUUGUCACUGAAGAAUUAGCCAGAGCUAUGGUUCAAAAUAGCAAUGACAAUUUUGAGGAAGGUACCACACAUUAUAUAGUGACUGGACUACCACAAGAAGACAAAGAUUCCAACAUGUAUUCACAUACUGUCAUAGAAACCGAUGAAAAUACCGGUAUUAUUCAUACUGAAACCAUUAUGGACACACAGAUAUCUGAUACCGCCUCAGAAGAAGUUAACAGCAUGAUUGUCUACACAGAGUGACCUUCAACAAUAGAGGAGCCAACGCACCAUGAAAGGCCAGGAAUCUACAAUUGAUCAGUGAUUUUGUAGAGCGUCAUGUCUUCCUUGUCUGUUAUUUGCAAAGUUGUUUUUAAUCUGCCCAUUAAAACUAAACAUUAAGAAGAAUCUGUUAUAUGAACUCACAGAAAAGAAAAUCACUAGCUGUUAGAUAAUCCAAUAAUGGCUGAGUAAUUACAUUGUGUGGCAGUGUUAUAUCGCUGCCAGGGGCUACUUUACAUUGUUUUUCAGCAUUAUUCCUACAGUUUUCUGUUAAAGUUGUGAUAUAUUGUCAUCUUUUAACACCAUAAGAGCGUUCAGAAUUUUGCAACAGUGUUAAUUGCUAUAUAUUUUUUUUCUUUUUUUCCCCUGAGUUUCUGUUCUACAUUUCUUUAUAGGAGAUUUCAGUCACGAUAAUCUAUGUUUAAUCAGACAUUAUCACAAAUUGCUCUUGGCUGCCAUACCGCCUUUUCAGUUCAACUGGUUCUGCGGGGACUGUGAUAUAGAUGACCUUUCCUUAUGAAAGGCCAUCAAUAUCAAAUCAGUGGGGAUCCAACUACUGGCACACCAGACAGUCAGCUGAUGGCACGGCACUCGCUUGAAUGAGACUGAGGUGCAGUAAGGCGCAAUACCUGGAGCAGCCGCUUAAAAAGUGUGGAGAUGUGCCUAAUAAACAAUGUGGACAUAGCAUUUGCUGGACUAUCAUUGCCCCUUCUGUCAGCUGAUAAUGUAGUGUUCGUGAGUUGGAUCCCAAAAAUUCUAACACCUAAACAUAGCCCAUUAGUAUUGAGUUGAAGUAGGUCACCCCCAAAAUUCAUUUCAAGGUGAGCAUACAGCCAAAUGUAGGUGCCCCAAAACAUUACCAUACCAUUAUUGUAAAAAUCCAGUUCUCUAAUUAGUGUUUAUUUUGGGCAUCUACCCUAUAUGGCAGUAUGCUUACUUUGAAACAGAUUUUGGAGUUGACAGACUACAUUUAAAGGUAUUGUCAGAUUUUUUUUUUAUAUAUUUCCAAACUGCCAGAAGCAUGUUGAAAUAAUUAAAAAAACUUACCUUACAUUUCCUAAACCCCCUCUGAUCCAGUGUCAGUUCUCUGUUCUCUCCCCCAGACUACAGCUAUGACAUCUUGUUUUAACUGAAAUAGUGAUUUGCCUAUAUACCACACAUGACUGCCAAUCACUGACCACAUCGGUCUUGUGCCAUGCACCACUGGGGCCGGUGUUUGGCUACAGAAGUAUUCAGGAUAUCAUUGCUGAAGGCAAAAUGAUGUGUCGCAGCCUCAGCAUGAAAGAGAGGACCGUGCAGCAGCUCUGGAUCGAGAAGAGGUUGGUAGGGUACGUUUUUUUCAUUAUUUUAAGAGGUUUCUGGGAGCUUGGACCUCUACAAAAGGAACUCUGACAACCCCUUUUAAUGAAAGAAUCUCUGAUGUCUUCCUUAUUCUACCACUUGUUCUUUGAUGUUCUUGACCAGCAGUUUAACACUGUUCACAUCUUCGUCAUGGCAUCCAUUCAAAAGGACUCAUGAUCCAAAUUUGGAUCAGUCAUUCAACAAGUUCAAACAGCCCCUUGGACCAUAUUGACUUAUAAUGUAGUUCGGCAGAGUUCUGUUAAGGUUUCUUUCAUUUCGAUGGCAAGAACAGUGCUGUAUGGCGGGCUAUUCUUGCCUUUGACUGAACGGCCAACAGAGGAACCCUGAAUACAGGUGAAAAAAUAGCCUUAGUCCAUUGUGCACAUUUACAUGGUCCUUCUCCAAUGUUGUCUGUCUGCAAUUUUUCAUGUGUGACAAAUAUAGGGCUUUUGAUUGUUGAUGGAAUUCUGUAAACAAGAAUACAUGAUAUUCUAGUUUGAUAUUAGCUUGUAUGGACAAUUAAAUAUUUUUUGUGGUCUCCAAAAGAUUUUGCAUCCAAAACUGCAUAGGGCUUGUACAAAGGUGCCUAUAUGGAUACUUGCACUGACUGGCACAUUCACUAUUAUGUGCCACCAUGGCAUUCCAGGCAUGUGAUUAUUUACUGAUAUUGAAAGGAUGAGACACAUUCAUUCCAUAUUAACAGUACACUGUAUGGUUUAUUUAGUUGGAGGUAAAUGAAGUUAAAUUUUUCAUAACAUCAGUAGGGCGACACUUACCGAAAUCCAACAAUAACCAGAGGAGGACAGCUUCUGUUUUGUAGGUAUCCAUUGUCUAGAAUCUUGUUUUUACUGGAUAUUAUAACUUGAUCCACAGAUGGGCAGAUUCAUUACUUUGCAGAAGUCUAUUUCUUCUUUUUAUUGCAGUUAAUUGUCAACCGGAGCAUUAUGCUUGACUUGGUUAUAGAACCUGCUGUUGUAAUAUACAUCAUUUAUGCUUCAUUUUGCUGGUAUUCCGAUUUCUGUGUAAUGUUAGUUAAAUGCUUUCAUGUGCAAUUUAAGGGUUAUAAAAUGUCAAAUAUAAUGUUUCUUCCUAUCAAAUUGUUGCAAUUGCGUUUUGUUUUCAA